AUGACUAAGUUGAGCAUUAGCCCUCCACUUCUGAAUGCUUGUUGCCCGUGGUCUACGACUUUGGAGCAUUUGCAGGCCCUGUAUGACAGUCCUUAUACAGGCGCCAUUACGUUCAGAACGUCGAUGAUCAAGGGUUACCCAGACGAUACGAGUGUGCACCAGUACGCGUUCUUUGCGGUGGGACGAGCGGUCUCGAGUGCCGAGAGGAACGUGGUGGCUAGCUCUCCUGAGACGAUGAACACUACCUUGAACACGAUUGGGUUCUCGCCGAUUCCGUUGUCUGAGUAUUUGGGGAUGAUCAACGACAUUGUGAAGGACGAGAAGACGCCGUCCAAGUUGCUGAUAAUUUCCGUAACGGGCCCGGCGGAGGAGGUUGCACAGGGCUACGCGAUGAUUGCGGAAGUGGCUGCUCGCAGUCCACACUUGCGGCUUGCAAUCGAGAUCAACCUUUCGUGUCCGAAUAUAGCUAAUAAGCCGCCACCGGCGUACAAUUUGCCGAUGUUCAUCGAGCACCUGGACUCCAUCGCGAAGGCUAAGAAGGCGGCAGCAAGUCAGCUGCCAGCAACUUCCGUGCCCGUUGUGGGCGUUAAACUACCGCCUUACACCUACAAGGAUCAGUUCGAGAUGGCAUUCAAGGCGCUCAAACACGCCACCUCCAGCGUCGUUGACUUCGUGACCUGUACCAACACGCUAGGAACCUGCCUCAUAUACAAUGAUAUGGGUGUCCCUACUCUCAACUCCGAAACCGGCUCCGGCAUCGGGGGACUUGCUGGCGCUGCCAUCCAUCCCCUCUCUCUCGGUAAUGUGGCAGCUUUAUAUGCUCUCCUCGCCGCAGAUCCUACCACCCAAGACAUCCUUAUCAUCGGCUGCGGUGGAGUCGAAGAUAAAGCAGGCUACAAUCGCAUGUGUAAGGCCGGUGCUGGAGCUGUGGCCGUUGCAAGUGCGGUCGGUCGUCUUGGAGUACAAGUCUUCGAACUUAUCACCAAUGAAAAGUAA